GAAAGCAGAAACCUUCCAUGGAGACUAACAGAGAAACAACCGUCGGAAAAAACCAUCAUUCAAGCAACGCCGCCGGCAGCAAAAAGCCUCCAAGACUGUCCAUGGAGACCCUCCGGAGAACAAUCUCCGACAUGUCGUUCGAACUCACGUCACCGGAGCCGCCAGCCGCCGCCGGCACUCUUCCUCCAAUACCAGAGGUGGCCGAGGAGGCCAAGUGCGAGUGCUGCGGGAUGUCGGAAGAGUGCACGGCGGAGUACGUGAGGCGGGUGAGGGAAAGGUUCGCCGGAAAGAUGGUGUGCGGGCUGUGCUCGGAGGCGGUGAAGGAGGAGAUGGAGAAGAACGGCGGGAAGAGAGAGGAGGCGGUUCAAGAGCACAUGAAUGCUUGUGUGAGGUUCAAUAGGGUUGGUAGAGCUUUCCCUGUGCUGUGCCAAGCUAAAGCCAUGAGAGAGUUGUUGAAGAAUAGCAGAGGUAAGUCCCUUAGCCCUAGAGAUCCAAAGUCUCACAAAGGUGGCAUUGCCAGGAGUUCAAGUUGUAUCCCAGCCAUUAUUGCCAAGGAUUAUCUUCAAAAUUAGACUGAGGUUUAAUUUUGAUCUCUUCACUAAUUGUGUUUUUCUAUGUUUGGUCUAAAUCCGGAUCUAAAUUUAGUGUUUUAACUAUUAAGAAUGUACUACUUUUAGAGUAGGGUUACUACCCGCUGGGAUCCAAGUA